GUUCACGCAAGGGUCGUCAUAGCCUUCUUUGGCUGGGUUUCCAUCCGCAUUCAAUCCCAGGCAUGACUCUGUUGGAAUAUUCCACGUACCUAGGUACUCACUACCGACCUUGACUCUGGCUAAGGUAGCUAUUCGGGACGCAUCAAAGCAACUUUUAUUUCCUAGACGACCAUAUCAUCGACCCUCGGUCUAAUCAGUCAUUUCGCGACCGUGCAAGCCCGCGCCGCAGUUGUGUUAUCCUAUCGAUUUAUCCAACCGCCUGCUAACGAACCCAUCCGCAUUUACUCCGAUUGAUCUACCUGCCUUACCUAUGCAUCAUCGUGACUUGGUUUCUUGUCUUUCCUGCCCGCUUUACUUCUACUCCCUUCCGCCGAACCCGUAGUCACCACCUUUGUCUGCACGUUCGUCAGUUCAUCACAUACUAGAGAUUCAUUCAUUCCUGCCUGGCCGUAUCCCACCGCCGCCAAAGACCUGCGCUACUCUGCAGCCACCGCACGCCGUCGGCUUCCCACCAGAAGAAGCCUCUCGCACCGCAAGCGCUAGCGAGGAGGACAUGUCCUGGCAUGAUAUGCGAUGGCAACCCAGGUGUUGAUAGCCCACUCGGGCCAACGCCUGCAGAUAGACACUUCGCGCCUCACAACGCUCGAUGAAUUCCGUUCCGCCGUGUCCCGGUCAACCUCGAUACCACAGAACUGCAUCAUCGCCCUCGUGCCUCCAGGCAAAGCUCUGAGGCCUCAAGCAAUCCAGAUGGAGAAAGAGAUAUUCGUAUACGACAGUCGGAUGACCCAGACCGGAGCUCCCGGCUCCCCUUUUCCCGUCAAGCUGGAGAUAGACCUGCCGAAGCCCUACGCCAUCACGAACCCGCCAAACGACAUAAUCGACACGCGUUCGCUCGAGUCAUGGCAGGACUUAUUCAGGGAGAGGCGCGUCUGGGCGCACAGGUUAUCAGAGGACUGCGAAGGCAUGGAAAAAGAGGCCCAUGACCAAUACGAGGCCAUGGAUAACAUGCUGUCCUGCUUGGAUGCUGCCGUGGCCAAUCUCGAAUCCGUUGUGCGCGCCACUGAGAACAAGUACGAGGAUCUGAAGAAAUGGGCAGCCACCGAGCAAACAGGCUAUAACGAUCUAGUCACCAGGUGGGAGCAGAAUCUCGGUCUCGCGCGCAGCAUACCUAUCUCGGCGGCCAUGGUUCGCCUUAUGACAGGGAAGGACGUGACUGGGGCCAAAGGUCGCCCAUCAAAACAGGCGACCUUGGAAGACCUAGUCGAUUUGGACUGCGCUCGCAAAGAAGGCCGUCGCGCGCCCACUGUCUUGCGCAAGUUCAAUGCCAGGAUAGCGGAUCUGGAGAAGGCAGAGGGACGUCUCAUGCAGAACUUUGAGGAGCUCGAGGCCGAGUUUCGACGGGUCAUCAGCAGGUCGGUUAUGGGCCACUCCCAGGACGCCACUCAGCUCCUUCAGGAUAUUCAAGCACUCGCUGGCAAAGUCGAGAAUGAUUAUCGCACAACCAUGGACUACUCAACCUCUACCAGAGAUUUACUUCAGGCCUCCAAGAUUGCACAAACGCACACAGAGAAACACCUGCCAAGUCUACACAAACGUGCGCUUGAGAUGGACGGGAUGCUACGCUAUGCAAUCAAGGCCCGGAACGCCUUGGCGCUUGAGCAAGCAGAGUUUAUGCGCAGCAUAGCUGACGUCAGCAAGCUUGAUAUGCAGGUCAAGUCUUUGAUCAACGCUAUCGCCGAAGACGAGGAGCUGGCCACAUUUGACUAUCUGCGCUUGAUUCAUCAAGUUCCGUACAUGUAUGCAGCUUUUACUGCUGAAGCCAUACGCCGCAAAGAGUGGUUUGACAAGGUGAAGACGGAUUCAACAACACUUGCCAAUGAGAUGGCACUUUUCCAGGAUGAGGAGGCCAAGCGCAGGAGAAAAUGGUACAAGACUAUAGGGGACACUAGUUACGGGCCCGAGUCUUUGAGUACUGAUAACAACGUGCCCGGACUAGAGGUAAACCUGUUGGGUGAGGAUGAGCUUUGGCCAAGCACAUCGAGAAAGGAUCUCGAGGAAUUUCUCGACCUGCUGCAACGCCAAAGGGCGGAUGCAAGCAUUAUUGGUGAUGUCGGUAAAAUUAUCGCAGAGCUCAGCAACCCAACCAAGCAACAGUUCAAGCGUCUCAAAGCGUUCAAAAAUGGCAGCGUUCACGACUCGGCACUAGGCCGCAGCGGCUUGAUGAUCCGGGGAGAUGAUGAGCUUCUGAGGUCUCUGCAGGACGAUAAGACAAAACUCGAGACUAAGCUUAGGACGGCGGAAAGCAGAGUCAGAAGAUUAGAGGACUUGCUACAUAGGCAAGGCCAAGCCUCCAGGCCGACUUUGGGCAACCUCUUCCAGAAUCCAAGUCAACAACUUCCGGAGCGGAGCGGAUCUGCACAAUCUGUCGGUUCUCCCGGACCUAUUGGUGAUCGCCGGCAGUCAGACGAGGUCGGGAACCAACUUGUGCAACGCGUGGCUCAACUUGAGAAGGAGCUACAGGAAGAGAAGGAGCGCAAUGCCGCACUCGAAAGAGACGCCGCCGACCGUACCACGCACACCAACGAUAUCAAGGCACAGAUGGACGACGUGAACGCCACAAAGAAGGAUCUUCUCGAAAAUAUGGAGGCUCAGAAACGCGAGUUCUUGGUGGAACGUAAGGCUCUUGACGAGGAGAUACGCAACCUCAAGGCUAGGCUUGAGGAGACUGAAGACGAGUUCCACAACAUUGAUGAGUCUCGCGAGCAUGAAAAGACCUCGUAUGACGAAAAGGUUCAGUUGCUAGAGGCUCAACUGGAGAGCUUAACCAAGGAGAAGAGUGACGAUGCUCUGAAGGCGCAAGGCCAGGUCGACUUCUUGCGCAACGAGACGCGACUGCAGCGAGAGAGUAACGAGGCGCUACAGGCGCAAAUCCAGGCGUCUCAGGACGAACUCGGGCUGUUGAACAAGAAGCUCAAGACCACGAACGAGGCUGCAGACGUGCAACUACGGGCUCUUAGAGAGCUUUAUACAACGUUUGUCAAGAGCGCCGGUAUUCCAGAGGAUGUCAACGACCUGGCUGAUACUGUAUUGAACAAUGCAGCAGAGACCCUGGCCAAGGUUCAGAAUCUGGAUGCUGAUAUCUCAAUCAUGCGCUCAAAUCUUGCACUGGCCCAGGAUGUUGCGAAGGACCUUAGAGCUCAGCAGGCAAAUGCACUGGAGAAGCUGGCCAAAGAGGAGACUACGUCGAUGCACCUUAGGGAACAGUGUGAUGAGCACAAGGCCAAGGUCAACGCGCUUGAGGGCGAACUGGCGGAUGGUCGCAAGCAGCUCGAUGAGCUCCGUACUCAGAUUGCCCAGGGAGAGACCGGCUCCGAGAGUCUGCGAACACGUCUCGAGGAGGAAGAGAAAAAGAUUGUCCGGUUGACCGAGGAUCUCGCCUCCAAGCAAUCACAGGUUGGCAGCUUAGAAGAAGAGCUGAGGUUGUUCCAGGAGCGUCUACAGGAUUCGCAGUCCAAGCUAACAACCUUGACACUACGCACGGAGACUCGGAACGAGCGGACCAAGGAUAUCAGCCAACGCCUUUACUCGCAGAACGAGCGUUUAGUGCGUUUACUUGAGCGUCUCGGCUUUUCGGUCUCGCGCGAGAACGGGGUCAUGACGAUACAGAAAAUCCCGCGGGCAGAACGAUCGACCAUGAAUCUGGCAGCGUCAUCUACCGCUGACGCGAAGUCGCGCAUAGCAAGCGAACCAGCGGACGUGGAACUACUUUACUGGAUGAAUGCUACUGAUGUACAAGGCGAAACGGAGAAAUACGACAAGUUCAUGUCGACCCUCGGCUCAUUCGACGUCGACGCUUUUGCAGAUACGGUAUACCGUCGCGUUAAGGACGUGGAGCAUAUCGCAAGGAAGUUGCAGCGUGACGUGCGCGGUUACAGGGAAAAGACUCAUGCUUUACACAAGGAUGCUCACGAUAAAAUUGCAUUCCGCAACUUCAAGGAGGGUGACCUUGCCCUGUUCCUCCCGACUAGGAAUCAGACAAACGGCGCCUGGGCCGCCUUCAAUAUCGGGUUCCCGCACUAUUUCCUGCGCGAGCAAGAACACCAUCGGCUUAGCAACAGGGAAUGGCUUGUCGCUCGCAUCACCCGCGUUCAGGAAAAAGUAGUUGAUCUCUCUAAGAGUCUCGAUACGACUGAGAGUAUCAAUGGAACCAGCGGUGGUGCCGAGGACGAUAACGACAAUCCCUUUGAUCUAUCGGAUGGUUUACGGUGGUACCUUAUAGACGCGCAAGAGGACAAGCCAGGGGCUCCUAGCACUCCAGGACUUGGGAAGACAACCGUUGCGAGCACCAAGGUUGAGGCCAAGGGGGACAUGCAGACCCAGCCUAGGUCCACACCGGGCGGCCUAGCAGUACUCGGUGGCGCCAAGCCCUCAGCGGUCGAUGGUGCAAGCAAGAGCCUCUCCAAGAGCCUUGAGAGUCGACGGUCUAGCACUUCAUCAACACGUCGACCGCUGCCGUUCGCCGGGGCCCUUAGCCGUAACGCCCCUGGUAGCGAGACUAACAGCCUUCGCGCCGUGGCUACAACAGCACCUGGUGACGGCGCCGGAUCACCAUCUGGGCCGACGAGCCCCAAACCACACCUUGCGCAUGGUGAGGACCAGGAUGUUCGUCUUGCUGCACUCCCGGAGCCGCAGCAGCAACGAGUCGAGGUACGCAACGACAGCGGCGGUGGCGCAAUAGAUUCCCUCCUUGGCCCUACAUGAUCAGGCCUGCUGAUUUUCUGUCCGUCUGCGUUUCUGCUUUCCCCUUUAUAUAGAAUCGGUUCGAGCAACAGCAGCCAAUACAACGGGAGAGUCCAACCAAAAGAAGCGUUGUAUGGGAUCAUAUGUGGAAUCUUGACCUUUAAGGUUGCAAGCAAGGCAGUACUAGGGUAGACCACUUGUCGGAUUGUAAGCUUUGCUCGUGUUGUAUAGGUGUGCUACAUAUUGGGUUUCGUUUGUUCUGUAUCCUAUUUUAUCUUUUUUUCAGGAUACACUGUACAGAGAUGGAGAAAUCAUGGCUCGUCUUUUAGCAAAGGCACCGGGCUUUGUUUUCAUCAACUGGCGUUCUGAGGGGAGUACUGGUGAUAUCCAGAGCAAUUUGUUUAGUAGCUAGCCAGCCUCUUUUUCAAGCAAGGAUGUUUUGGGUUUUUCAUAAUAUUUACCAGAGUUAUUUGCCCACGUUGACACAGGCAAAAAAAUUCCAAUUUUCUUUGAACAAAAAUCCACAGAGAAAGAUGCUCACAUUUUC